AUGCAUUUGACCGGCAUGCUUGGGUGCGGCUUGCUUUUGUAUGCACCGCUCCUAAUUGCUUCUUUUGCCGCGAUUGCAACGCAUCCACAGCUACUGCUGUUGGCGCUUAGUGUCGUCUUGGUUGCGCUUGUUGGUCCUUUCAUCAGUGGGGUUUUGUAUCUUGUGAUGAAACCAGUGGCGUUGCUCCCACUCCUUAUCCUCGUAGACGUCACUGUCACGGAAUUCCUACGCGUGUGGCUGCUUUUCACUUUAUACCGCGUGGAGUCGGUCACACGUAGCUACGGACAGCUGCUUGUCGCGAGUCCCAUGCGCUUUGCGCUUGUGUCUGCUGCGGUUGGUUGCGGGUUUGGGACGAUCUCCGUUCUGCGGGGGGCGGGUACACUUUUUGACUCCACGCAACGCAUGACGUUCUACACGAGGGGGACGACGGCGUACGACCUGAACGUCUGUCCACGCCUCCCACUGCUGAUGCACAGCACACUCCAGGCGUUUUUGCUGCUCCUUUGCCAGGUGGCGUGGGCGGUGAUGACUGGGCAGGCAGUGACCGCGUUGCAGAAGCUGCAGCAGCCACAAAAAGCAUGGCGCCGGCUUCUCCUUUUUUAUCGCGUCAACACGUCCAAGAAAAAAUUACCUGCCGUGGACGAGCUGGAGCCGUUGCGUGGCUCUCCGGACACGCAAAUAAACGUCGAAACACCGCCCCAGCAGAAGAAGAGGGAAGAGGCACCACCGCUUGUAACUCAUAUCAGUGAGGAUGAGGAACCGCAUAGGGUGUGUCCCCGCGAGUGGGUUGAUAACACGGAGCAGCGGGAGAAGGAGGGGGAUGGUGAUGGGGAGGAGAGAGGGGAAUUUGUGUGUUUCAUAAAAACACCCCAAGUAGCGAUGAAAGAUGACGGCGGCUCUCAGCCCCUCCUGCCGCCGCGGGAGCAAGAGGAGACGCAACUUCCCGAGCCCACGUUGCUUCGCUCAAAACCACUGCUGGCUGUGGCAUCACUCCUUGCACCCUUUCUGUUGCACCUGCUGUUUGCCAUGUUUUCACUGUUCAAUUCGGGGGCGUACAACAAAGCGACACAAAAGGAGGUGCCACGGCGUGGUUGUGUGAUCUCUUUGCCCCUUCAGGCAUCUGUCACGGCGAUAUCGCUUCUAUGGAUGGCAGGUAUCAUACACGUGGAGCGUGCUCGUGCGGCUUGCUAG